AUAAGGCGAGACCAAACACUUUAGAGAAAGAACUACAGAGAGCCGAAAAGCCUCUCUUGCACUACAUGUUGCGUUGCAUUCAGAGCGAACGAAACCGUGAGCGUGAUCUACAGGACAAACGCUAAACUAACACAACACAGCACAAACUGCAGGGGGAACGAGUGAUAUCUGGUCAGAUCCAGCUGCAGCGUUGACUAAUCACAAAAAGCAGCCCACCUCAGACGGACUGGGGCGUAGCAGCGAGAGUAACCUCCGAAUGCUCUGUGGGUGAUGACUUAGUCUCGACAUGCCUCCGGGAGUCACAGUGAUUUCACUACUUUCCUCAUACAGGCAGGGAGUCAGCUGGUUAUGAACUUGAUGACCGCUGGUCAAAUUGGGCGAGCAGCCUACAGUUCUCUGCUCAAUCUGCUGAUAGAACCAUCAUAUUCAAUAGAUCACAGUAGAACGGAUAGAACUGCGGCUGUAUGUAUUCUAGCGCGGUGUGAGCUACAGCUGAUAGCAUGGUGGUUUCGCUUUGUAAGCUCAUAGCAACUAAAUAAUCGUGUGAAAAGGGGAAGCCCCUAGCGUGCGUGUGUGUGUGUGUUUGUACGAGAGAGACAGAGCGAGAAAAAGAGAGAAGCUGACUUCAGAUUAAUCGAGGACAUCUCAACGUGUGCAGUGUUUUCAAUCUUGUCUCAUUCUAUACUGAGCACUGAGCAUUAGCCUCUAGCAAAGCGGUGUACUUUCUUAUGCACGUGCGUCACAUUCGCGAUCAAAGCUAGAACAGCUUUGUGAGAAUGAGACAAGUUUUUUUUUAGUUUUUUUGUAACAUUGAGUUUUCACUAGAUUAGUGAACGUCUACUGUUAAACUCUUUGCGUGACUUAGUUCUGAGUGCUCCAGUAACUAAAAGAGUCCAUAAGACUGAAAAAAGGAAGCUUGUAGUGUCAGUUCGGUCGUUUUUUCUUCUUUAUUUUAUCAAACAGCAGCUGUAACACAGACUCAAUGCCAUGGGCUGUCCUGGACAGCUGCUGCUGUGUGGACGGGUAGGAGUGUGUUAAGAUGCCGGCGGGCUGACUGAGAGCGAGAGUUUUCUGACCAUGACCAUGAGCGGUGACCGCACCGAGCCGUCUGCGCCGCUCGACCUGCGGACCAAAGGCAGAGAGCGCGUUGGCGGCGGCGGCGGCGGCGGCGGCGGAGGCAGUCGAGGGGAGGCGGACAGCAGCCUGAGAAGCUCCCCUGCAGCGUCCCCCGCCGUCAGAGCGGACAGCGGCGCGCAGGGGGGCAUCGAGCCCUCCCCAACGAAAUGCGCCAGUGAGCCAGCGAAGCCAUCUGCCUUCAAACUUCCGAUAAGAAAACGGCCCUUACCGGUGGACUCAACAGCCGCUGAUCACUCGGAGGCAGAGCCGCAGACAGACUCUACAGGAAGCCCGAGUCCUGUGAAAGUGACCAGGUACAACAGCGCGCACAACGGACUGAGCACAGAGUCGCGGCCGCACCGCAUCACGCCGAGUCCGGUGGUGACAGGAGCGCACAGACGCAGCCACGGUCACCAACAGCACAGCGCGCCAGGACACUGUAUCGUCACAGAAUAUGCGUGCUUCUCAUCUUAUCCAUAUGCGAGUGUACCCCUUUAUCUCUAUGAGGAUGCAGAUCGGCUGCUGAAUGAGGUUGCUUUGGCAACACGCCAGGACGAAGAUGGUGACACGGCUCUGCACAUUGCUGUGGUUCAGGAGAAGGAGGCAGUAGUUCACAGGCUGAUCCACAUUUUAUGCCGGGCUUGCAAAGACUUGGACUUAUAUAAUAACCUAAGACAGACUCCUCUACAUUUGGCUGUAAUCACUCACCAGCCUGCUGUGGUGGAGGCUCUCCUGCAGGGUGGAGCUGACCCUGGAGCACUGGACCGUAAUGGUCAGAACGCACUGCAUCUUUGUUGUGAACACAGCCAGGACAGGUGCCUGUCUGUAAUUCUGGCCCACCUUGCCCACUCCCCGUGCUGCCCCUCUGCCUUCCUGGACAGCAGGAACUAUGAAGGCUUGACCCCGCUCCACCUCGCUGUUCAAGAUGGAAAUAAAAAGCUGGCCAAAAUGUUACUGGACAGUGGAGCUGAUAUCAAUGCAGUGGACAUUAAGAGUGGCCGCAGUCCUCUGAUACAUGCUGUGGAGAACAACUGUAUGGAGAUGGUCAACUUUCUCAUUGAGAAUGGCUGUAAUGUGAAUGCACAGUCAUACAGUGGUAACACAGCCCUCCACAGUGCCUGUGGCCGUGGCGAGGUGGAAGCUGUCAGAGUACUUCUGAAGAAUGGUGCUGACAGCAGUUUAAAGAACUACCACAAUGACACUGCCGUCAUGGUGGCCAAAAACAAGAAGGUUUCUGAUGUGUUGCGUGGGAAGACUACUCGUGGCCACACUCUGAAAACUCAGCACAGUUUCAAUGGUGCUCCAUCUCCAAACAGCUUGAGCCAUUCUCCACUGGCCACUCCCAACCUUCACCGAAGUGCUUCUGUCUCUCCUUUAGCUUCACGUAUACACUCACCACACAGUCAGUCUGGUGAAAGCAUGUCAGGAAACCAGUCACCAACGGAAACUCAGGAAAAAGAUGACUUACAAAGGAGACCAAGGACAUUUCACGAUAUGGCAGCAGAUAACAGAGCAGACUAUGGAAUGUCUAUUCAUUCUUUUCCCUAUUUCCCCACACCUCGCUAUGACACCCUUAUGCCUUCUGCUAAUGUUCUGUCAGGUCAUACUGCUUACUAUCCAGCUACUUUGCAAAGACAUCCUUAUCCCACUGACACACGGUUGAUCCUCUUACCAGCUAGUCUUGGAAGAAGUGAGCCACCUGUUUCUCACGGCCUACCCCCAACAUCCAUUGCCACACAGUCACGGCCCUCCAGUCAUAACAGCGACCAAUCAGAUAUGUCUAAUAUGAGUGUGAGCAGUGAGGGAAAAGGCAUAAGCUGAUUAUGACCAACUAUAACCUUCUGCUUUGUCUAUACUUGCACAUGUUGCAUUUUCUUCUGCACUGUGAUGAGUAACAAAUGCUUAUAAUGGUGAAUAAGGAGUAUGAAUAGAUGUGGCAGGCCCAUCUUACAAGAUGUUUUUUCUUCACUGUAGCCUAUAAUUUAUGGUUAAUAAAUGUUUGCAUUUUGAAAACAUUGUUAGUCUGAGAGAAGAAAUGUAGUUUCAUCCAUAAAAGUCCAUUGUGUAUAAUCAUACUCUUUACCACAUGAAUAAGCACUGACUGUUCAUAUAUUUAUUAAAGUUACAGCUGUGAAGGUGCAUCAUUUAUGAAAUGGUGUGAAUAUGUUAUGAAUUCUCACUGUUUCUAAGGUCACUGAAAAUGACGCUUUUUCAGUAAUUCGAGUGGAAAGUCCCUCCAUAACAGUUACUGAUUGUGAAAUAGCUUUUUGUGCAUGUAGUUAUGAACUCUGAAAUGAAUAUGUAAAUAUAAAAACAUCAAUUACUGAGAUGGAAAAUAAAUUUUUUUUAUAGAUUUUCA